UUAAAGGCUCUGGUCUUCUAAACUCCCUCGCUGUGUAGCGUAGGAUUUAAGCCAUCAAUCACCCUUUCAUCUCUCGAUUUUGAGUCAGAUAAUUUAAACUCACUCUCCGCUUCUCUAAACCAUAAAUGGCAUCGUUUUGCAGAUCGGCAAUAACGGCAACCUCAAGGUCCCUGGCAUCUCGAUCCAAAACGGUAACUCAGAAAACACUAAACGCAAAAUCCAUGUCUUCUCCUUUCACUUCAACACCAACACGAACUAUCCUUGCCUCUUCAAGGUUUGUUUCAGUUCUAGGGAGUGUGGAGUCACUGAUGCCACUUCACAAUGCAAUUGCAAAUGCUAGACUCAAAUCUAGCAUCGCUGUUGAUUCUUCUUGCUGGAGCUGGCUCUCUCGAGAUUUUGCAGUUCCUCGGUGACAAGACUCAGGUCAUUUCAAACAAAUUGAGUUGCAUUUGAGCAGUUUUUCUUCCCCUAAUGUUGGCUGGUUCUUCUUUUUGACAUCUCAUUUCCAUUCGUGGCUAUUGCUUGAUGUAAGUCAUCUCUUGGCCAGGAUCAUUUACUUCUGUAGGGUUGAUGUAAUACUGGUGGUGUUAUCAUCUCUCACAAAACAGAGGUUUGGUUUUCUUAUUUCCAAAUAGCACCUAUUCACCUCAUUAUGUGCAUGAGCUGGCUUGAUUGGAGCGAUUCAUGUCUGAACCUGAUGCAUGCUCACCCUCCCAUGUUUUCUUUGCACACAAGUGGGUCCCGUGUGAAAACGUAGUUUUAACCCAUAUCAUGGUUUGAUAGCUGAAUUGAAGUGGAUGAUGGGUGUCAAGAUCACUUGGCAUGUGUCUCCCUCGUUCCUCUCUCCAUUUUUUCCCAUAUUCAUUUGUUUGGAUAUGUGAAUUGUGAUGUUGACCAAAAAUAACAUGGGAAUUAAUUACAUGCUUUGAAUCGUGGACAGAACACUAGAUCAGUUAGCGGAGGCACAUUUCCACAAAAAAAUCAAUGACACACAGAUCAUCAGCACCAUUGUCCAUCAAAACGUGCUGGUUGACUACUGUGGAGAAACUGAUAUUUUCGUUGGAAUUCGUAGGAUUGUGAUUCGAUGAAUAUAACCUAACGUCCAUCCCAUGAGGUAAUGAGGCGUGGUAUUGAUUUAUCACUUUAUGCCGUGUUGGCCUUUUUCUCUGAACGGGAGGAUGACCUGCAUACAGUAAUCACACCGAUAGACGUAAUUUAUUACAUUAUCGUUUAUAUGUCUGAUAUCUGUCUCGCAAUAGUUGAUGUUCAAGAGUUUAUUUCAUAUGCACUCCAUUUUCAUUCA